AUGGCUGGUCUCAGAACAUUUGAUGCUUUUCCGAAAACGGAGGAGGAAUAUCAAAAGAAAUCAUCUAAAGGUGGUCUUUCUUCAUUACUUACAUACUUCUUCCUAAUAUUCAUAGCAUGGACCGAAUUUGGUAAUUAUUUUGGCGGUUAUAUAGAUGAACAAUACACCGUCGAUCCAGAAGUCAAAGAAGAUAUUCAAAUAAAUAUGGACAUUUUUGUAAAUAUACCAUGUAAAUGGUUACACAUUAACGCAAGAGACAUGACAUUAGAUAGAAAACUUGCUGGUGAGGAAUUGAAAUUGGAAGAUAUGCCAUUUUUUAUCCCAUUUGAUACAAGAGUCAACGAUAUUACUGAAAUUGUCACACCUGAAUUAGAUCGAAUUUUAGGAGAAGCUAUUCCAGCAGAAUUUAGAGAAAAAAUUGAUAUGAGACAGUUUUAUGAUGAAAAUAACCACGAUGAAACAAAACAUUUUGUACCGGAGUUUAAUGGAUGCCACGUCUUUGGUUCAAUACCGGUAAAUCGUGUCACUGGUGAAUUACAAAUCACUGCAAAGGGUAUGGGCUAUCCAGACCGUGAAAAAGCACCAAUCGAUGAAGUAAACUUUGCCCAUGUUAUCAACGAAUUAUCAUUUGGUGAUUUUUAUCCAUAUAUCGAUAAUCCUCUGGAUAACUCAGCAAAAUUUGAUCAAGAAAAUCCUAUCUCCGCCUAUGUUUAUCACAUGAACGUCAUUCCCACUAUAUAUCAAAAACUUGGAGCAGAAGUGGAUACUAAUCAAUAUUCAGUCAGUGAGUACCAUUACACCGAAGCUGAUAAUGCCAUUAGGAAAGCUGGUAGGGUGCCGGGUAUUUUUCUCAAAUACAAUUUCGAACCACUUUCUAUCGUAGUGACAGAUAAGCGUCUCUCCUUCAUCCAAUUUGUAAUUAGAUUGGUGGCAAUUCUGUCAUUUAUUGUAUACAUCGCAUCCUGGUUGUUCAUUUUAGUGGAUACUGCCUUGGUUGCCGCCAUGGGCCCUAAGUGGUCGCUACGCUAUCAACCAUCAACUAAGCCGCAAGGUAUACUGGAGUAA